GCCGGCCGGGGCCGCGGCCGCCCCGGGGGUGCACAUCGCCCGGCGGUCGCUGCCCGACGGCGUGGACGGCCUGCUGAACGAGAUCCGCCGUGCGGCGCCGCCCUCCGCGGCAGGGGGGCCCUCCUGCCUGGAGAUGCUUGACCUGUGCGGGUGCGGGCUGGACGACAGCGGGGCCAGCAAGCUGUUCGAGGUGCUCACUCGGCUGCGGGUGGCAUCCAAGCGGGUUUUGGUCAGUGGCAACGGCCUCGGGGACUCUGCUAUUGCGGCGCUCUCGGCCUACCUGUGGCACAGCCCGGAGCCUCUCUGGGAGCUCGCCCUGGCGGACAACAAGCUGACGGACAAGGGCGUGGAGGAGCUCCUGAGGUGCCUGUAUAACCAGCCCAGCCACCCUCCGCGGCUGCCGGGACCCGCCGGGCCAACCAGUGGGCCUGCCUUCCCGCUGCGCUUCGACGUCCGGAACAACUUCGUCGCGGACCACGAGGGGCUGAAGGCGCGCAUCGAGUCCGCUGGCCAGGCGGGCUCGGUGCAGCUGUGCGUGACGCCCGGCGACGGCCCUGCUCCCCCGCCGGCGGAGCCGAACCGGCCGCUGCCAUAUCUGUGGGUCUUCAUGCCGCGCUUCGCCGAGCAGCAGAAGGCCAGGAAGGCCGAGGGCAAGGACAGGGACAGUGGCAAGGAGAAGAAGGAGAAGAAGGAGAAGACCUCGAAGGCUGCCAAGGAGACGAAGGAGAAGGAGACAAAGGAGACUUCGAAGGCAGCCAAGGAGACGAAGGAGGCCUCGAAGGCAGCCAAGGAGUCGAAGGACCCGAAGACGGCAAAGAAAAAGGACGACAAGCGGGGCAAGGAUAAGGAGAGCGAGAGAGACAAAGAUACAAAGGGCAAGGAUAAAGUCAGAGAAAAGGACAAAGAUAAGGCUGGAGAGAAGGACAAAGAGAAAGCGAAUGAUAAAGACAAAGAGAAGGCUAGAGACAAGGGCAAAGAGAAGGACAAGGAAAAGGACAAGGAAAAGGACAAAGAGAAGGACAAGGAUAAAGACAAAGAGAAGGACAAGGAGAAGGACAGAGAAAAGGACAAGGACAAGGACAGCGAGAAGGGCAAGGACAAGGACAACGGCAAGCAGAAGACGAGCAAGCCAGAGGCGCCGAAGGCCGACAAGGCGGCGAAGCCAGCGAAGCGAGAAGGCCGAAGCAGGAGCACGUCCAGGAGCCGCAAGCGCAGCCGCAAGCGCAGCCGCAGCCGCAAGCGCAGUCGCAGCAGCAGGAGCCCCCCCAGCGGCAGCCGCAGCCGCAGCCGCGACCGCAGCCGCGGCCGAGGGAAGAGCCGGGAGCGCGCCGCUGCCGCUGCGGCCCGGAAGGGUCGGAAGCGGAGCGGCAGCCGCAGCCGCAGCCGGAGUAGCAGGAGCAGCUACAGCCGGAGCCGGAGCCGAGGGGGCAAGCGCAACUGACGGGCCCACGGCAGCGCCCGUGGCAGCGCCCGCGGCAGCGCCCGCGCGCAGCCGCGAUGCGCGCGGAGGUGCACGCCCGAAA